AUGAUUGCUAAGGAGAAGGGAAAAAACACAAAAGAUCUCGAACCAGCGUCGAAAGCUUUGGCGUAUUUUGUCCAAUCGGGAUGUACAGUACAAUCACCUGUUUUGCAUGGCACACAGUUUCUUUACACAUUAACUUGUCAACAAGGGUUUUCUUAUGAUCAAGAUUAUGUUGCAACACUUUCACAUUCUGGAUCGUUUUCUAUAACAAUUGGAUAG